AUGAAGCUUCGACGAACAUCAUGCUCAUGUUCGAUGCACUGUAUUUUAAUUACUGCAGUGGUCAUUUGGUCAUCAAUCUUCUUUUAUCUUUCACUCAGUCUAUACGGUUUGCAGUCAAAAGGGAAGGAUGUUAAUGAGCAGCAAGCAUUAAUAUUAAAUUAUGAGCGAGCAUUGUUGGAUUUAGCAGAACUAAAGCAUGAGAAUGAAAAGCUUCAUAAAUUAUUAAAAGGUGAAAAAAUUCAACCACAAAUAAAGAAGUUAACGGUGAAGAAACAGAAUGACAACAUAUUACCUAUAAAAAUAAGCGAUGAAUUUGAGAAGCGGAAACAGCAGUGGAUUGAUAGAGAAAAAAGUGAAACUUUGCUUCUUUUACCAUCGAAUGGCUUUUCAAUGAAACAUGAAAUAGCGAGACGUGAACUACAUAAUUCGAUAUGGGAACUUUAUUACUACCUCAGUAAUCAACUUACAUCAACGCUCAGCAACAAUUCUGCAUUCAUAAAUCACACACGGAAUCAGUUGCUUUCCUUGCUUGGUCAAGCAGCAGCAUUCAAAAAUAUCGACUUGGCAGAAAGUUGGCGAGCAAAUGCACUUGCAAAUAUUUCGGCCAUAUUUCAAAAUCAUUUCGAUAAAAUGCAAAAUCCUGACGACUGUAAAAGUGCAAGAAUUUUAACAUGUGAUUUGAAUAAGCAAUGUGGUUUCGGCUGUCAGUUACAUCACGUUACAUAUUGUUUUAUCGUUGCAUAUGGUUCAAAUCGCACACUCGUCUUAACGGAUGAUGGUCGUACGUGGAAUUACGCCACAAAUGGCUGGACUGCUGCAUUCCUUCCAAUUACCAAAUGUUCAUUUUCGGAAAUCUUCAAGCCCAAUGAAUAUGCUGAUGAUUGGGGUACUGGUAAACACUAUAGGAAUAAACGGAUAGUCAAGUUACCGAUUAUUGAUUCACUCGCCUUUCGGCCGCCCUAUCUUCCACUUGCUAUUCCGCAGUCAUAUAGUGAUGAACUGUUAAAGCUGCACUCCAAUCCUCCAGCGUUCUUCAUUUCACAGUUUAUACGAUAUCUAAUGCGUCCAUCAGCUGUAUUUGCAAAGGAAAUUGACCAGGCCGUAAAGAAAGUGCCGUUUGAUAAAGGACCAAUCGUCGGUUUGCAAAUCCGUCGAACGGAUAAAAUUCACACGGAAGCAUCUUUUCAUGAUUUGGAUGAGUAUAUAAAAUGGGCCGAAGACUGGUUCAAGAUCGAAGAAUAUCGUAUAGGGUCAUCGGUUAAGAGGCGAAUUUAUAUUGCAACUGAUGAUCCCGAAAUAUUCGAUGAACUUUUGAUGAAAUAUCCAAAUUACGAGAUAUAUGGUGAUCCAAAAAUAUCAAAAAUGGCUCAGGUUCAUUCCCGCUAUACGAUAGAAUCAUUAAUUGGUGUUGUGGUCGAUAUUGAAUUAUUGUCAAGGUGUAUAUAUCUUGUUUGCACAUUCAGUUCGCAGGUUUGCCGUAUGGGUUACGAAUUAAUGCAAGUUCGUUUUGGUGACGCAGGUGAUCGAUUUCAUUCCCUGGAUGAUAUUUACUACUUCGGUGGCCAGCAAGCUCAUGAACAAGUAGCAGUAGAGUCAUAUCGUGCCGAAAGUGGUAAUGAAAUCGAUUUAAAGAUCGGUGAUAUUAUCGGAAUUGCUGGUAACCAUUGGAAUGGCUUCUCGAUGGGUACCAAUAGGCGAACUGGCAAAAAAGGUCUCUAUCCAUCUUAUAAAGCUCGUGAAAAAUAUAUUAUCGUAGACUUUCCUUAAGUUAUGCACAUGUAGUUUGGAAAUUUUCAUGUGAAAAA